AUGAAAGGUGUCAAUGUCCUCUCAACUGAACUGAACCAGUAUAUUCUUAAAGAAUGGGAACUCCGGUUUUCCGUCUUACUUAGCCUUUUAAUUCAGAUCUUCUUAAUUGUUACUGGAACCUUGAGAAGGUCAUCACAAAGAUGGAUUGACAUUCUUCUGUGGUUAGCCUAUUUGCUUGCAGAUAUUGUUGCUGUUUUUGGGCUUGGACUCAUUGUAAGCAAGCAAAGUUUGUAUGCCAUAUAUUGCAUCGAAGGUCAACACUAUGCUCAGCAACGUUCUGCUUGUUACCAGGACUGUGUUCAUGUCUACUGGGCUCCAUUUUUACUCGUACACCUUGGCGGUCCAGACUUCAUCACUUCUUUUUCACCCGAGGACAAUGCACUGUGGCGAAGACAUUUGUUUUAUCUGGCUUCACAGUGCAUUACUGUAGCUUAUUGUUUCUAUCAAUCUCACCAAUUCAGCCAGCAACUAAGGAUCCCAGCGAUGCUCAUGUUUUUGUGUGGACUUAUCAAGUGUUCUGAGCGUAUAUGUGCUCUGUACUAUGCAAGUGCAAACAGCUUCCGCAGGUCCCUACUUUCAUUACCUGAUUUGGAUGCUUACGAUCUUUUAAAAAAAGAUAUCACAGCUCGUCCCAGACUUCAGCAUCUAGAGAAUAUGAAUUCUUCUUUGUCCCAUUUAGAAGUGUUGCAGUAUGCUUUUGUAUACUUCAAUACAUUCAAAAGGCUUGUUGCUGAUCUCAUUUUGGGAAUCCAUGAUCGCAACCUGAGCCGAGGGUUCUUUCUUGUUACAUCAUACAAAGACGCUUUCAGGAUAGUUGAGGUAGAGUUGAAUUACAUUUAUGAUGUUCUUUUCACCAAAUUACCUGUGUUGCAUCACAAAUUCGGCUACUGCAGCAGAACUCUAUCCUUCGUUGCAGUUGUUGCUUCCUUUGCGCUCUUCCAUUUUGUGGUAAAAAAGGAAAAGAUUUUUGGGCUUGAUCAAGUGAUAACUUACGUUCUGCUUAUUGGUGCAAUUGCCUUGGAUGUAAUUCAGUUUUUUAUGCUACUCACCUGUAACUGCACAGUUGUUAAGAUCUUGCCUUUGUCUAAUGCAAACGCCAACAGCAAACCAUGGAAACUUAUGUUCGGUGAAUGGAUACUCUUUGUGAAUAGGACUAGGAAUACUUUCCUGGAUUGGUUGCUGGGUAUAUUUAGACGCAGAGAGUGUGACACAUUUACUAAUAGCAGGUGCGCUGAAUCUUUGUCAACAAUCAAUCUGAUUUCUUUUUGCUUAAACAGAGGUUCAAAAGGAAGAAGACAGUUUCAUAAUUAUUUUGGCCUUGCCAAUUUUCUGAAUGGCAUCUGGCAUGUAAAACCACGGCUACUUACCCAUGACAUGACUAGUUUUAUAUUCGACGAGCUGAAAGUAAAAUCAAUGGUAGCUAACAGUUUAGAAACAGCUGAACGAAUAUGUUCAUCCAAAGGAGAGUGGGUACUACAAGAAAUUGAAGGUCAUGAUGCUUUUCUUCCUUUUGUCAGUAAUUAUAACUACGCUGAAACUGUUCUUCUGUGGCACAUUUCUACUGAACUCUGUUGCAACGGCAGCCAAGAUCAAGUCACUUAUUAUGCACAACGCGACAUUGCAAAGAACUUAUCAGACUACAUGCUAUAUCUGUUGGUUAUGAAGCCUGAUAUGGUGUCCUCAGUUUCUAGUGCUGGGAAUAAAAUGUUCCUAGAUACUUGCAUUGAGGUUGGCAAAUUAUUUGACAUCAAAUUACCCGAACUAAAGAAGAGAAUGAGCGGUUUCUUUGGCAGAGAGAGCAAGAAAGAGAAGGAGGCUUUACACAUUAAGGCCUGUGAAACAAUUUUUUGCAUCAAUAGAGAUGUUAAGCCGGUUCUCUUACAAAAGGAGGAUCGAUAUAAAUUGUUAUUGUUUGAUGCAUCAGUUCUAGCCAAAGAGCUGAAACUGUUACCUUUGGAGCAAAAAUGGUUAACAAUAAGCAAAUUGUGGGUAGAACUGCUAUCAUAUGCGGCAACUCAUAUCAGGUCAAGUGCUCAUGUUCAGAACUUAAGUAAAGGCGGUGAGCUAAUAACUGUUGUUUGGUUACUGAUGGCUCAUUUCGGAUUGGGAGAUCAGUUUGAGAUCAGCUGUGUUGAUAUCUGA